AUGGGAUCACUGUCAAGAAACGGAGUUCAGAUUUUGCCAGCUAGCUCACCCACAUACACAUACUCAUACCAGUCACCCGCAUCACAUCAGUCUCCAUCACCUGUGCCAUCAUCAAAUGCACUCCACUCAACUACGACAUACCAGUCACCCGCACCACAUCAGUCACCAUCACCUGUGCCAUCACCAAAUGUACACUACUCAACGUUGACACACCAGUCACCAUCACCAAGUAGGCACCACUCAACUUUGACAUACCAGUCACCCGUACCACAUCAGUCACCAUCACCUGUGCCAUCACCAAAUGCACUCCAUUCCACUACAACAUACCAGUCACCCGCACCACAUCAGUCACCAUCACCUGUGCCAUCACCAAAUGCACUCCAUUCAACUACGACAUACUAA